CCCCUCUGUCUCUCCCUCGACUCUCACCUAAUCACUCGCGAAUCGACACCACCUUUUACCCUUCUACACCCGCGCAUCGUACCGCUCAACGUCGAUGGCCUCUUGUGCUCGAAGUGAUGAGCCGGCGUGACGACCCGCCUCGACUUUUACGGGGCUGUGCGGGCUCGGCGCGCACCGGGCGGCUCGUAAGUAGCUGUGAGCGCGCGCCACGCUGGUCUCGUCUGGCUGGCCUCGUUUGCUGCUCGCUCCUCUUGCCUUCACACCACUCAUCGCAACUCGCCUCGCCACGCAUCCAUCCCUCCUUCCCUCUGCCAUCACCACCGCACGCACAUUGCACGAGCGCACAGAGAGAGUCAUCCCAAGAGAGUCACAAGCCCAGGACGAUUCCCUAUCGAAGGGUGAGUGGUUCGCGCUGACACGACGGUGGUGUGGGCACGUACUGAUGCUCAGCAGCCACGUCCGGUACGCAGGGGGCGAUCCUGGGCGUCGAAUCACACCGCACCGGACCGGACCGCAUCGCAGAAGAUGGCAAAGCAGUUGACUGUGUAGUAUCUCAUACUGAGGCAGCCGAUCAGUACAGGCAUCGCAAGGUGG